AUGGCGAAUCCACUCACCCCGCAGUCCAUACUGCAGCUGAUGGCAGAUGCCUUGCCAACGCACCCCAAGGGCGACACCACCUCCGACAUUAGCAGUGGAUAUGAGCUGCCUGCCCUCCUUGCCCAUGCCUGCAUGGCAUCUCUCAAGUUCCGCCUGCUCGGUUUCGACGAAGAGAAGAGGAUAGAGGAAGAAAUCCAGACUCUCGCCCCGCGACUACCCGCAUCGUGGAAUGCCGGCUAUGGCACUCUCCGCUUCGUUUACGCCCACAAGCAGUCCUCCAUGACCUCCAUCAUCCGGAUUAGCAAAGUCGGCGGCAAGAUCGAGAUCAGUGGGCUCGCCGUCGGCCACGACGUCAUCCACAGAUUCGAGAUCACAACGAAGGACUUUGUCAAUAACGCUAAGCUGCCCCUGCGCAUCACACUUGCCGAGGACGGCACCGAAGACAGGAGCGACCUCGUCCAGAAGCUCAAAGAUGCAUUUGUAUCCGAGUCCGCCAUCAACAAUCUCAUUGACCAGUUCAAGACAAACAUUGUACAGAAGCUUAUCCCGAAGCUGCAAAUCGAAGGCUAUGAAGAGUCUCCCGACGACCGGGAUGCUGUAGAGGGCGCACAGCGCGAAGGUCGUGCUCAAGCUGGCCGACCCGGACGGCCGAUGCCUGGCGAUCUCCCUGAUCCAGCUCGACCGUACCCCAUCAACGACCCUCUGGCCCAACCUCCCAGACGGCCCGUUCCUGUUGGGGAUUUCCCUCCGCCCGAUUUUGAGGACGAGUACGAGGUCAACAGGCCACCUAGACCUCUGGGCGUCCCGGGCCGCUCUCCCUACAACAUUGGUCACGAUGACCUGAACCCGCCCGGUCUGGGACCUCACGACCCUCUGAGGCCUCACUUUAUUGGCGGCGGCGGUCUGCCUCGUCCUGGAGGUGGAGGUGGAAUGCACCCGACAUUCGAUGACCCCUUAUUCGGUGGCCAAGGCGGACAGGGUGGUGGGUAUGAUCCGCAAGCGCCACCGGGAGCUAGGUGGGACCCUGUUGGCCCAGGCGGCCUACCCCGGCAUGGCGGUGGGCGAGGAAAUCCCUUCGGAGGCCCAGGGGGCUUUGGUGGCGGAUUUGGCGGUGGUGGCUUCGGUGGUGAUAUCAUUUGA